AUGAAAAAUCCUGCAGAAUUUGUAUUACAAGCUGGUUAUGGACCAGAUGCUGAUAUACAGGCAUUCAUUCAGUCAAUCAAACAGUUGGGUUUUUCAGAUACACCAGAUUAUGCCUAUUUACGUAAACUUUUGCACAGUGCUAAGUCAUCGAUUGGCAAACAAACUGUUUCAUCUAGUCAUAAGUUAACUGAGGAAUCUAAUGAAACGGGGGUUAUUUCUCCACCAACACUCCGUAAAUAUAAUAAGAAAGAUGUAUUAAAGUCCAACGAUUCACGUGGUUUGAAUUCAGUUGAAAAUUUAGAUCUUAACAAUUCCAUUUCAAAAACACCAAACAGUUUACCAACUAAAAAGCCCAGAGGUCGUCCACCUGGUAGUAGUCCUUCAAAACAAUUGGAGAAUAUAUCACCUGUGGGUACUUCUUCAAGGGCGGAUAAGAAUAUUUCUAAGGGUUCAACAGUAAACAGUACUAACCACGCUUCUAAACGUAAUGCUGUAAAGAGUCUACAUGCAUCUUCGCCAAAUAAAAAAUCCACACCAGUUGAAUCGACGUCACUUAUACCGAAAUCCGGUUUACCGAAUUCCGGCAGUGGAGAUACAAGUCUACCAAGUCAACAGCGUAUUAGAACUCGACUUAUCGAUUUGUUCUCAGACAGUGAUGAUGAUAAUGAUAGUGAUGACUUUUUCGCUAGUCUAAAGAAAAACUCAAGCAGAUCUCGUAAAGAUGUACUCGAGUCCACUCCUAAACUUGAAUCGCCAAAAGCAUCACCAUCCACACGGAAAAACCAUCAACAUUUAACAGACAAUGCAAGCAAACAAUCUCCAUUUAAGUCACCAGAGUAUACCUCGCUAGUUGCUAAUCGUAGACGAUCUGGUUGGUGCCAAACAUCUCCGGAGUUGUUAGAUGUUGCCAAGGCAGAGGCAUUAGGUCGUAGUGCUGUGAAAUUUUCAGAAAUGAACUUGAAUUAA